AAGCCAAUCCGUAAACAGAACCAAGUGGGGGCUACAGAAGAAAAGUCGAACCUUCGCAGUGUGGAGCGUUAGUUGCAGUUAGUUGCUUUCGAGUUGCUGAUAGCACAUCAUGGCUGAAUAUAAACUAGGUAAACUGCUUAUUGAGGGAAAGACCAAGAAGGUCUAUGAACUUGUUGAUGACCCGAAUCUGUGUCUUCUUCAAAGCAAGGAUCGUAUUACUGCUGGAGAUGGUGUGAAAUCUCACGAGCUCGAAGGCAAAGCAGCGAUUAGCACAGCUACCACUGUAAAAGUAUUUCAGUUGCUGGAUCAAGCUGGGAUCAAGACAGCUUUCGUCAAAAUUGCUAGUGAAACAGCGUUCAUAUCGAAGAAAUGUGAAAUGAUUCCAAUUGAGUGGGUUACCAGGAGAUUAGCCACUGGUAGUUUCCUCAGGCGAAACCCAGGAGUACCAGAAGGGUUCAGAUUUAACCCACCGUGUCAAGAAACUUUUUUUAAAGAUGACGCUAACCACGAUCCUCAGUGGUCUACGGCUCAAAUUAUCUCAGCAGGUUUUGUAUUAAAUGGCGUGGUUCUCGGCAAAGAUGAAGUCGAUAUUAUAAACCGCACAACCUUAGCUGUUUUUGAAGUCCUUGAAAGGGCUUGGGCUUCAAGAGAUUGUGCUCUCAUUGAUAUGAAGAUUGAAUUUGGAGUUGAUACUAGUGGUGAAAUUUUGGUUGCUGAUAUCAUUGACAGUGAUUCUUGGCGUCUCUGGCCAUCAGGAGAUAAAAGACUUAUGAAGGAUAAGCAGGUAUACAGAAACCUUUCAGCCGUGACUCAAGCUGACUUAGAUACCGUUAAACGUAAUUUUAAAUGGGUGGCUGAUCAGCUUGAUUACUUGGUACCUCCUCCAAGUGCAUUAGUCGUAAUUCUUAUGGGUUCACCUUCCGAUGAAGAGCACUGUAAAAAGAUUGCCAAACAUGUAACUGAUCUUGGUUUAAGAGUUCAGUUGCGAGUGAGUAGUGCUCACAAGGCUACUGAAGAAACUUUACAUAUUCUUGCUGAAUAUGAAGGCAGUGGAGAGAAGGUAGUACUCAUUGCAGUGGCAGGGAGAAGUAAUGGAUUAGGUCCAGUGCUCUCUGGCAAUACUCCGUUGCCUGUGAUUAACUGUCCUCCAACAAGGCCGGACAACGUUGCACUCGACAUAUGGUCAUCACUUAAUGUUCCUUCUGGACUUGGAUGUACGACUGUGCUCUACCCGGAAAGCGCAGCACUUGCAGCAGCACAAAUUCAUGCCCUCCACGAUCAUUUGGUCUGGUCUCGACUUCGAGUCAAACAACUCACAAACUUUAUCGCGUUAAAGAAUGCCGACAUCACACUAAGGAAUCUCACUCUCUAAAUCUGAAAAUAGAUUAUAUUUUUUGAUAGUUUUAUAUUAUCUUAAAUAUGAACCUCAGUCUUGCUCUCAUUUUUCAUGGACUUUUGUUAUGAAAAAGGUAUCGCAGUUUCUAAGCAAACAUCAAAUUAUCGAUUCUAAUUUUAAAUUAAACAUUCGUAGACAAAAAUCGUCGACAUUUGAACAGAAAUUGAACGAAUUACUUAGUAAUCAUUGCAGAUUUUUGUCAUUUACAUGACAUUAUCUUAUGUUUGUUGGUAACAUCCAGCCUAAGCGUAUUUUGAUUAUUGUCAAUUCAUGAAUGAUUUCUAGAAUUAUAUUUGUCACAAAUGUUCAUGAUUGCAUUGUUUGUCUAUGCUGUAUUAUUAUUUCUUCUUGUGAUCCUGUACUGGCUGCAAGUAUACAACGUUCAUGUAUUACCAUUAAAACAAGUUUAUGAAUAGCCUCUUUUUAUGUAAAUUUUAUAACAGUUUCCCAGUACUCUUUAUAUAUGUACAUCAAUCUCAAAUAAAUUAGAUAUCAACUUUAAACAUA